AUGGCGGGCGGGCCGCCCGUACUGCUGGGGCUGCGCGACGCCGCCAUAGCGGGGCCGGGCCCGGCCGGGCCGCUCCCGGCGUGGGCCACCAACAAGCUGGGCGGCACCGCGGACUGGGUGCCGGCCGUGCGGGCGGGCCCGCCGCGGUGCGCGCGGUGCGGGCGCGCGCUGCUGCUGCUGGUGCAGGUGUACUGCCCGCUGGAGCGCGGCCCCGCGCACCGCGCGCUCCACGUGUUCGCCUGCGCCGCGCCGCGCUGCUGGGGAGCCGCCCGCAGCUGGAAGGUGCUGCGCUCCCAGUACUCGCAGGUCCAGGACAAGCAAAGCCGAGCUCUCAGCGUCACACAGAAACAAGAAUCGACCUUUGCUGCAAAGGAUUGGUGCGAGGAUGCAGAUGACUGGGGAGCCUGUGAUGGAGCAGAGGCUCCUGCAUGUGCCUCCCUGGAGCUGCUUGGCCUAAAGGAACCUGUGAGCAGCGAGGUGGAGUGUGCAUCCCAGCUCCAGCAGCUCCACCUGUCUGAGCCUGCCCAUGGCCCAGGUGCCCAGCAGACACCUCCUGCAGCCAGUGAGGACGUGGUGAUGGCAAUGGCUGCUUCAGCUCCUGUGUUCCAGCCCUUCUACAUCAAUGUUGUGGAUGAGGAAGAUUACAUGGGUUUCCUUGAUAUGGAUCAUGCAGAUAAGCUACUGAAGGAGUAUCAGCAGAGAGAGUGCCUUGAUUUGGAGCAGAUGAUGUCAGAAAGUUUUGCAGGUGAAGAUGGUAAUGAAAAAUAUGAGAAGAGUGAAGUCAAAAACUGGGACCACACAUUCCAUAAAUUCAUGAAAAGAAUAUCUCUAUGUCCUGAACAGAUUUUAAGAUACUCUUGGGGUGGCCAGCCUUUAUUCAUCACAUGUCCUCCAGCCAACCUGGAGCAGGGUAUUCCAGCCUGCAGUGCCUGUGGGAGCAGCAGAGUGUUUGAGUUCCAGCUGAUGCCCACGCUGGUCAGCAUGCUCCAGAGUGACUCAGAUCUGUCAGUGGAAUUUGGAACUGUUAUAGUUUACACGUGUGAGAGAAGCUGUUGGCCGACAGAUCAUCAAACCCCUCUUGAAGAAUUUAUUUUUGUACAAGAAGACCCGGAUCAGAGAUUAUUUAAAUAAAUUGUAUUUCUCUGCAUAGA